AUGUACAGAACAAACAAGACAUCGCAAACGGGAAACGUAAGGAAGUCGACCACCACAAGUCCAAAUUUGACAGAGAGUCGCAAAGAAAGAAUAAGGCGAUCAGAAGAGAGGACAAUGGAAGAAUUAAUCCUUCUAUUGACAGAAAUACUUAAUAGUAUACCUAAACAAAUAUACAGCGCUAUGAAGAGAGAGGUUAAGGAAAGUCUGGAGAAGACAACAAGUGCAGGCCUUAACACUCUGAACGAGCUACGUACGAAAAUCAUAAAUAGAGAAGAGGACCUUAAGAAGGAGAUAGAGAGAGAAAAAGAAAAUAAAACAAUAAAGGAUCAAAUAGAAGAAAUGAAGAAGAUGAUGAAGGAAGACAUGGAAAAGAUAACAAAGGAGAUAAACUAUCAACAAGAAACAACACUGAAACAUAGAGAAGAGAAGAGAAGAAGAAGGGAAGAUGACGAAUCAGUCACUACAAAAUUCCUAAGGAUGAUUGACUACAAGCUCGAAAAUAUUAAGAAUAGGGAAGAAGCAUUAUUUGAUAGGCUGGCAGACAGGUCUCUGAAGGACAGCGAAUUUGUUAUCGCAACGGUUAUAAAGAAACUGGACGCAGUUGAAGAAAACCUGACAGCGGAAAAAAUUAAGCUGGACCGGAGGAUAGGAGAAAGGCUGGGAGGAGAAACGGAAACAAUAGAAGGAGAAACAAACAUGAGAACAAAUAGUGAAAUAGAACGACAAAUAAAGGAAACAGGAAAGGAAAUCACUGCAGAAAUCACAAAAACCAUAGAUACAGUCAUGACCGAAUGCAUGCAAGACCUCCAUAAUGCGAUUACGUAUAGCGGAACUUCACCUGAGGAAAACUCCGUAGUUAUAAAGCGAAUAGACACCCUUGAAACAAAUAUAAAAGACGAAAUACAGGAUACAAAAGAAGAAAUCGCAAAAAAGAUAGAUGAAAACAAAACAACCAUUACAAAGCACAUAGAAACAACAAUAACAAAGGAAGUCUUAACACACCAACCAUACACACCUACUCACACACUCACAAGAACGUACGCAGGAGUUGCAAAAGGCAAAAACCACCAAAUGCCAAAGACGCUACAUUCGGUCCUUAUAACAUCAAAAAAUAAAAUGGACACUGCAGAGAAAGUUAUAGGUAAAGCAAAGGAAAUAUUAAAACCAGAGAAAAAUAGAAUACAGAUAGAACGAAUACGAAAAGUCAAGGAUCAAAGGGUAAUAAUUAGCUGCAUAAACGAAGAAGAAACAGAACAAAUAAAAGAACGAAUAAAGAACAGCGAAGAGUUAGAAGUAGAAAGAGUAAAAAAUAAAAAUCCAUUAGUAAUUAUAAAAGAAGUAAAGUUUAAAAUGACGGACAAUGAAAUUAUAAAUGCUAUAAAAAAUCAAAACCCGGACAUCUGCAUAGAAGAAGGACGGGAAAGAGAGGAAAUUAAAAUAAAAUACAGACGAAGGACCAUAAAUACCGAAAAAUGCCACAUAAUUGUACAGGUAACACCUGAAAUAUGGAAGAAAAUGGACACUAAAGGGCAUCUGUACAUAGAAAUGGAAAGGGUGAAGGUAGAAGAUCAAUCUCCCCUUAUCCAAUGUACCAGAUGCCUGAACUUUGGACAUGGAAAGAAAUUUUGUUCAGAUAGUGUGGACAGAUGCAGUCACUGCGGGGGAUUACACCUGCGGGCAGAAUGCCCAGACAGAAAAGCAGGAGUCCCCCCGCAGUGCUGCAACUGCACACAUAAUAAAGCUCACUCUGGUCGCGGUUUGAUGUCUUCGGACCUGGGCGUUAACUCCGGCGAGCCGUGUAAAAUUUACGUCACCGAACAUUUGUCCCCAGAACAAAAGUCAUUACAUGCUGAAACUAGAAGAGUGGCUAAGGAAUUGAAGUAUAAGUAUGUAUGGGUUAAGUUUGGUCAGAUCUAUGUACGCAGGAAUGACUCUAGUAGUGCGGUGCUUAUAAAGAAUGAAGACUCUUUAAAGAAGUUGAGUUGA